UCAGCACAGCUUUUUUUAUUCCAAGAUGUCAGCGCCCAUGUGAAAUGUGCGUUUCGUGCUGUUGUUGUGAAAUAACGUAGAAAGAGACGAAGUUUGCUCUGGUCUUUUUGUCGAACUACGUGUCCUGAGUGUCUAUCAUAUUGAAAGAUGGCAACAUCAUCGGGAAAGACAAAGAACGUGGGGAAAUCGAACCGUCUGAAUGAUGGGAAAAGGAAAGAGGAACUGCUGGUAGGGGCAAGGAAAAGGGUUGAGUGUGAGAAAAAGGCAAUGAAGAUUGUGGAGCGUCUUCUAGAAGAGUCCAUCUCCGAAUCGUUCUUUGAGGAUUGCGGUAAGUACAUCACCAGUAACCAGUUUGAAGAUGUAGCUGUGGAGAGGGCCAUAGAGAAGCUGUGUGGGUAUCCCCUGUGCACCAACAAACUCACCAGCAUCCCAAGACAACAAUACCAUAUCUCACUCAAGAGCAAGAAGGUCUUUGACAUCACAGAACGGAAGAACUUUUGUAGUCAGAGAUGUUUCCAGGCUCACGCAUAUUAUCAGACUCAACUCAGCGAUGAACCUGUCUGGGCAAGGGAGCAUAAAAACAUACCUCCUAUAAAGCUGUUUGAGAAUGAUGCCAGCGCAGCCACCAAUGCACCUCUGAAGCAUCCACAUGAAAUCCCAUUGAAGCACAAGAUCACAAUGCCAGAUGUGGACACUGUCUCAGAGCGCACAGCAGAGGGCGCUGGUGAAGGAGAGAAAGGACUGCAUUUGGGGGUUUCUGGAUUGAGUUUGGACAGGUCAAAUGAAGGGGUGGAUGGUGGGAGGAAAGAUAAGGAUAAGAGAAGAGAAGAGAUGCUCAGGAGGGUUGCAGAGUCUGUGGAAAGACCUGCAAGGGAUGGACAGAGAGAGGAAGUGCAAAGUUCUGGGAGUCAUGUGGAAGGCUCCAGUUAUGCUGUUGAACCCUCUUCAAGUGUUACUGUUGGUCAGGAAGACAUGAAGCAUACAGUUACUCCAGAGGAACUGCAUCUGUCCAACCAGGUCAAACCAGUUCAGACCUGUUCUGCCAGUAAUAUUGUCAAUGAGCGCCUUGUAAUGCCAAACAAUGGGAAUACAGAUGGAGACUGGAAGGAUGAACCAAACCAGAUAAAUCCAGUUCAGAUUGGAUCAGAAGAGAGUAAGGACACAGAUGUUGCUUUAGGAGAAUCAGGGAGGAAAGAUAAUGUGGGUGAUUUAACUGCGCAACCAGAUGAUCAUGGUGUUACAGUAAAAAAAGAGGAAGCUGAUGAAAUUCAGCAAGAGAAGACAGUUUCCUCCACAGAUACAAGAACAAGUAAGGAGAAGAAAAAAACAAAGAAGAAAAAGAAGAAAGUUCCUGUAGCUGAAAACACAAUGCUUGUAAUUCUGCAACACAUCCAACAGUGCCUCAUGGAAUGGAGAACGGUUGAAACAUUGAGAUACAUCUAUGGUAGGAGUUCAUCUCAGUCUGGGAAUCAAGGUUGCAUUGAUGAACCAGUCCCUGACACAGUGCCUGAAACAGACCCUAACCUAGAGCGCAAGAAGAUGGCUCUCAAGGAGUUUGAGAAGCGGGCAGGGGAUCGUCUUGACCGGGAAGAAAUAAAAGAGGGCGCCUUUCCUGCACCAUCCAAACCACUGCCAGACUUUGAAAGUCUGCGCAGGGAGGAAGAGGAGAAGUAUGCCUUGAAAGUGAAGGAGUACUUUAUGGGAAGGGAGAUGAAGACUCCUUCCAAACCUGCAACGGAAGAAAAAGAAGAAGAGCCAAACAAGCUUGUAGAGAAUACCGUCGACAGGACAGGAGGUCUCCCUCCUGUGGAUUCAAGAGCACAGGUUACCAUUAGACGCAGGAUCUUACUGGACAAGCUAACUCAAAUCUUGCCAGGCAUUGCGGUCUCUCUCCAGCUCUCUGUCCAUGAGGUCAGUCCGAUGAUGACCGAUCUUGUAAGAACAUUCCAUCCCGGCAGUCAUAACAUCGUCUUCAAACCCCUGGCUUGGAAUCUAAUGACUCUCAUCCUCAUUCAUAUGUAAGUACACACACCUCAGUAUUUCUGUUUAA